AUGACUUUGGGGAUGAAAGUUACCGCGCGUAUUACGAGGCUCGCCGACUAUUUGGACGCUGAUAUGGAUGAAGGGGAUCCAUUCGAGGUACUAAAGACGUGGUCUUCAAUAGAGUCUAAGUACCCUACUCUCGCAUUGAUAGCGCGGGAUAUUCUCUACAUUCCUGCCGCCGGAGUUGGGUAUGAGCGCGAUUUCAGUAUCGCUCGACACCAAAGUCGUUUCAAUCGCCAAUACACCGCAGCAACAUUCUCUGGAUUGAUGGUAUCUCGUUUUCGCUAUCGGGACGAUGAGUACGAUGCUAGAGUUCUUAUCGCCCAGGAGGCUACAGAGGUUUCCUAA